UCGCUCAACGCGCAUGCUCAGAGAUAGAGGCUGCCAGAGCCUUGGGAGAACGGAGUCUGGCUUGCCCGCCCACGGCCUCAGCGCGGAACGUUCCCACCGUCCCGCCCGUGCCGACUUCCCUUUCCCGGCGGGCUAGGGGUGCCCUUGUUUCUCUGCAGUUGACCUUUCUGCUGAUGCAGCUCACCAUGGCGAGCGUGGCAGGUCGGUGGAGCCGGGCCGUCGGGCUCUGCACCACAGUUCUUUUACUUGAUAUGGCUUUCUGUAAAGGAUUUGUAGAAGAUUUAGAUGAAUCGUUUAAAGACAAUCGAAAAGAUGACAUUUGGCUUGUAGAUUUUUAUGCACCAUGGUGUGGCCAUUGUAAAAAACUGGAACCAAUCUGGAAUGAAGUUGGUCUUGAGAUGAAGAACAUUGGCUCUCCAGUGAAAGUUGGAAAGAUGGAUGCUACCUCCUAUGCCAGCAUUGCUUCAGAGUUUGGAGUUCGAGGUUAUCCAACAAUUAAGCUAUUAAAGGGUGACUUGGCAUAUAAUUACAGAGGACCACGAACUAAAGAUGAUAUUAUUGAGUUUGCUCAUAGAGUAUCUGGGGCUUUAAUUCGGCCACUUCCAAGCCAGCAAAUGUUUGAACAUGUACAGAAGAGACAUCGUGUAUUUUUUGUUUACAUAGGUGGAGAAUCACCAUUGAAAGAGAAAUACAUAGAUGCUGCUUCAGAAUUGAUUGUAUAUACAUACUUCUUUUCUGCCUUAGAAGAAGUCAUUCCUGAGUAUGUGACACUUAAAGAGAUGCCUGCUGUGCUUGUUUUCAAAGAUGAAACUUACUUUGUUUAUGAUGAGUAUGAAGAUGGCGAUCUGUCAUCAUGGAUCAGUAGGGAAAGGUUUCAGAAUUAUCUUACUAUGGAUGGCUUCCUCUUAUAUGAACUUGGAGACACAGGAAAGCUUGUGGCUAUCGCAGUUAUUGAUGAGAAAAAUACAUCCAUUGAACAUACCAGAUUAAAGUCAAUUAUUCAAGAAGUGGCUAAAGAUUACAGAGACCACUUUCAUAAGGAUUUUCAGUUUGGCCAUAUGGAUGGAAAUGACUACAUAAAUACCUUGCUGAUGGAUGAAUUAACAGUUCCCACUGUGGUUGUACUGAAUACUUCAAACCAACAGUAUUAUUUGUUAGACAGACAAAUUAACAAUGCCAAAGACAUGGUCCAAUUCAUUAAUAACAUUUUGGAUGGCACAGUAGAAGCCCAAGGAGGUGAUAGCAUUUUGCAGAGAUUGAAAAGAAUAGUAUUUGAUGCCAAAUCUACUGUUGUGUCUAUAUUUAAGAGCUCACCACUUAUGGGCUGCUUUCUCUUUGGUUUGCCAUUGGGUGUCAUCAGUAUCAUGUGCUAUGGAAUCUACACAGCUGACACCGAUGGAGGUUACAUAGAAGAGCGAUACGAAAUAGUAUCUAAAAGUGAAAUGGAAGGUCAAGAACAGAUAGAAGAGAGCAAAGAGCAACAGGAGCCAAACAAGGGAGGAUCUCUAUUGCCUACCAUGCAACAGCCCAAGGAUGUACUAGAAAAGAAGACAGACUGACACUUUACAAGUAUAAAAUAUUUGAUAGGGUUUCAAAUUAUUGAAGAGUCUAUUUAUUGAAUUUGAGAGAUUUAAUUAUAAUCUUUACAGAAGAGAACAUGUUAUUUGUAUUUUGCUAGUAUCAACUGCAUGGAUUAAAGUAGUCUUUCCAUAAAUGUGGAGAUGUUUGGAGCAAAGAGAUUAAUGGUUUGUGUGAAACAAACGAAACCAAAUCAGUCCAUCAGAGUUUCCCUUAUAGAUGUUAUUAUGCCAGAUUAAUUCUAUUUGCAUGUUUCCCUGUGAAUAUUCUGUGGCGUAGUUAAUAUUUUGAGGCAGAAUAUUUAAAUUGGCCAUUCAGGUAGAAGAUACAUGUUUGAUAGAGGAAAACAAUUUCCACUUUCCAUUCUCAUAUAUUUUGGCUAAUAUUUAUAUGGAAAAAAUUAAGUCUUUAAAAUUUAGGCACUUUAAGGAAAAGUUGUCACUUUUUCUAUGUAUCACAGUAAGAUUAUGAGGUUCAAAUACUGUAAUGUGGUUUUAUAUAGAAUAGUGACUUUAUUUUGUUAUUUUUGAAACAGAGGAAGUGUUACUUUUUAACUUUAUACUCAGUUGCAUUACUAUAAAAUUUUCAUAUGGGCCUAUGUAAUGGGGGAAGAAGUUUUGUUAUUGACCUUUGUAAAUAACCAGGAUGUACUGGGAACAGUGGUUUCAACCCAUGUUCUGAAAUACUCUUUAGCCAGGCAUCUCAUCAAUCGUUGCAGGAAGGAAAUGUCUCUGUUAAUCCUACCUUGCUUUAGCCGAAGCAGCCUAGUUCUUUUUGUUUCAUUUUUGGUUUAUAUAUUGAAAUUUCUUCUAAAAUUUCCCUUGAAAGCAUCUACAUUUUGAAAAGUAGUAUAUAUCAUGUUUGUUUGUGGUAUGUAACUUUGUAGUUUAAAUCCAAACCAUAUGUGUAUAUACACAUAUGAAAUUUAUCGUCACACAUCUGUUAACUAAUGCCAUGGCAUGUCUGGGCUCAUAGUGAGUGAUGGAUGAGUGAUAUAAUCAGCACAUCAAAUGGCAAACAUUACAUCCAAUCAGAAGAACAGUUUGAUGUGUUUAUUGUGGCUCAUUUUUUUUUAAGUUUUCAUAUUAGCUAAGUGUAGAUUUUUUAUUUGAUUAGCUAUUAUUUGGGUAACUAUUCCUUGAGUAAUUUAGUUACCCAUUGUAAAGAAUUUUUAUUGAGUAUUUAAAAAUGUUUAGUCAUUUUAAAAAUAUAUAAUUUAUGGUCCUGACACUGAAGUUAUUUAGGGCUUGGUUGCCCAGGGCAGCUUUUGGUUCUUUCUGAUGCCAUACUAAUUAGGACAAACCUGAAACUAUUAUAUCUUAAGUGCUAAAAAAUUACUAAUAAUUAUUUUAUCAUGCCCAUGUACUCUUUUCUUUAUAUCUGUUCUUAAUGCUUGAACCCUCCCCAUUAUUAACUUUAAAUAAUGAAACAAAUAUGAAGGGAAAUUGAGGAUAGUAGAAUGAAAUGUUCUCAAAUGAAAACUGGAAGGUAAAUGUGGUCAAUUUAACAGGUAGAUUUCUCUACAAAGAGUAACAAGGGAUUUGGGAAGAUAAAUAUGGUAUUAAUGUUCCAGGUGGUCAAGCUUGUCUUGCAGUAGGAAGAAGCUUGGAUAGAUACAGAUUCUUCAUUUAAGACUUCAUUUUUCUUUGUAAAAGAAAAGCCCAGGCAUCAAAAGAUUAAUGGGCACAUGCUGAGAAGAGAUAGAAAAUGCAACUGAUUUUUUCCCUUCAUGUUUAUCACUAUCAAUUUUUACUCUGCAUAUUUUGUCUUGUCAGUCAUAACCUAUAAAUAAGACUUCAUUGGGAAAAAAAAGUAAAACUCAGUGCGUUCAGUAAAAAACUCAGCAGUCAGCCUUUGUAUUCUUUGAUACUGUUCUAAAUAAAUGAAUGCCUUAGUUCUUGGUUAACAUUUGCACAAUUCUGUACUCUUGCCUCAUGUUCUCUUUUUACUUUUAAAAUAUGUUUCUUGGGAAAAUAAAAUGUAUAGAUGGUUUGUAAGUGAAUAAUUUUAUUUCUUUCUGUAUUAAAAUUUUGCUUUAUAAUUGUUUCUAUUUUAGAAUUUUCUGUUUUGUUUUUUUUUUUACAUUGUCAGAUUGCUCACCAAACACACUUCUACAAUCUGUUCACUAUUAUGCUUUUCCCUUCAGUGCACUAUCAGAGCUGUACUCCAAAUGCAGUUUAUAUUUCAGGGAAAAUUACUUCAAAAUAAAAGCAGAGAUCACUUAAUAAUUUAGUACUUUAGAAUGACAUUCUAAGGUAGUGAUGAAGCUUAAGAUUACAUAUCAAUAUUGGGAUCUUUCAGUAAAUUCAAGUUCCAGUCUCUUUUUCAGUUGCAGCAAAGUUCUCUGGUUUCUAAAACUCAGAAUUCUAGAUCUUAACUGUUGCUGAAUGUGGUGCUCAGACAAUAUUUAAGGAUAUUUCACAGAGAAAGUACAUGUUUUUAUCAGUUAUGCUUUGUAAUAAUUUACAGUACUUUUCGUUUCAUUGUAUAUAUGUCAGUAUUUUUCUAGCUAUUAUUUUAAACUUGUUUGAGACAUAUUAGACAUAAAUUUUUCAUUUUCUUUCUCAAAUGUAGCUUUCUAGUAUCUGGUUUGGAAAUAACAUUAAGAUGCCAAAUGUUUAGAGGUUGAACUAAUGGUCAGUAUGAGUAGUUAACACAUUUACCUGCAUUGUUUCUAUUUGUUGAAUUUUAUUGUUAAUGAUAUUUCUUGGAUUUGGGAGCUGUUUUGGUUUUGGUUUUACAAAAGAUAAUUUAGUUACAUAAUUGUUUCAAAUGACAUGAAGGUAGGACGGGGAAAAAAUCAAUUGUUAUUCAGAAAUUGUUCAAAGAAACUUCUGAGGAAUAUUGAGCCUAUUGAUUGAUGGACGUAGGUAUGCCAUUUUUAUUUUUACAAAUAUAUAUUUUUUUCAAAUAUGUAUGAGUCCAGGUGUGGGCAAAAAAUAAUUUUAUAGUUUGGGCUAAUGUAUAAAAGUUUUUAAAAGUCUGUAUUACUCACUUGUUGAAUUCAUGAUACCCUGCCGUGGGCAUCAAUUGUAAACCUUUGUUUUUCUAAAAUAAAGUAAUUGAAAAUGUAA